CUGAGGAAGGAUUUCAGAAGCAAGAAGUACUUUUCUGUGUUAAAGAUCGCAAUUCACAUGGUGGACACAGCAGAUUGUUUGCAGGAGAUGCCAACUAACAAGCAAAGGAUUUCUACACAGGAGCAAAAGUGAAACAUAAGUACAUCACCACCCAGACAGGUGAAAGAAAUGUAUGCCAGAGGAAUUAGCUUAUUCCCCUACCUCAGUGAUCCAUUCUCCAGGACCGGUUAUGAGCAUUAUUAUGAUGGCGAGAGUGGCACUGGGUACUUGGCCUGGAGGAUUAAAACUAUUCAGAGAUCCACUGCUAGAGACAGACAAUCAUCAUAUGGAGCAUCAUCUGAAGGAGCAUCUCAUGAAGAUGGGCUUGGAGGACCAACUGCCAGACGAGAGCCCCAGUUUGUUCCAGAGACUGUCCUGAGUGAAGAUGAGUAUAAGGAAGCCAUCACACUGAUUAAACAUUCAGCUGAUGAGGACACAAUCAAGAAGAAGAUGAAGCUGACAUUUGACUUCUGCCGCAACAUGGGCCUUGACCCACAGCAGUCGAGCAACGUACUGUCUGUCUUUCCACAUUUCAAAGAUGUCAAAGGCUUGGUGGAACAGGAUUUUGUUCUGAUGUUUGGGGAGGAUGUCUCUGGCAAGUUUCUGGAGAAAUGGACGACCACAUUCAAGAAAAAGAUCAUCCAACAAUGCAGAAAGCUUGCAUCCACCAGUGAGCUUGAUGAUCUCCUCCUGGCAGCUGAUACUCCUGAGGAUGGCACUGAAGUGGAUGACGACAUUGGUCACUCAUCAGUCCUGUCUCCUCCUGGUUCUCCACAACUCUCAUCAACCCUGUACCCCCCGGGAAGUCGAGAAACCUUCUCAACCGUGUCCCCCCCAGAGGCGUCCACAACAUCCAACCCAAGACUUCUGCUCUCACCACGCACACCAUGGCCUUCAAAUUUCAGAGUAAACUGGGAGAAGAUGCCGCAAGAGAUCCGGUCAGCUAUCGCAAAUUCAACUAGACCAAAUCUGGCAGCAAGAAGAGCAAUGAUCAGAUGUCUGGCUGAUCAGAUGAGAGAGCACAAUCCAAACCCCAAAAGAGCGAUCUGUGUGAAAAUUGUCAACGAUAUAGUUCAGAAGUACCCGAAAUACUUUGGGGACGUGGAUGAUGAUGAUGGAGUAGCUGGGGCAUCUCUUGUACAACAAGUCAAAACGAGAAUCGAACAUGUGAACAGAAACAACACCCUGGCACGGGUCCGUAAGAACAGGCCCUCCAUUCCAGGAGUGAGGGCGCAUGGAAGAGGUCCCAUGGACCAGUAUGGAUGUGUCCGCUGGUCACCUGAAGAACUUCCCUCUGGGGAGACAGAAGAAAGCUUACUAGAGAUGAAAAAAGAGAUGCAGCAGCUUUAUGCCCAGGUUGGAAUGGCAGGAGCGGAGAGAGGAGCGCUCCAGAGAUGGCAUGAAAUGACCUACAUUCUCCAGCGGCGUGAGCUGAAUGCUGACCCUUCGUACAGCAUCUCCAAAAUCAAGGACGACUGGCCAUUUCUCUUCUCCCAAAAGGGCCUCUUCUCCCACUUCAGUGAGCUGACCGGCAUUUCCAUCCUGGAGAAGCUGCCAGUAGCCAUCGACCAAAGAAGCCAGACCAUAAUGGACUACUUUCAGCAACAGAAGACACUAGGGGUGGGGAAGGUUUUGGAAGCCUAUCAAGAAGAGAAUGGCAACAAGGCAAUCUGUAUCAUCUUGUGUCUGCUUGCUCACUUCAAGGAGGAUGGUAUCUUCCUUACAGCUGAUCCCUCUGCCACAGCUGCUGACAUACAGAGAGCUAUCACCCUACCCAACACACCUCGCUUAGUUGUGCAAGGAGAGACAUUGAGCGCAGACAUGUGGUUGAUGUCCAUGGAAGGAACAUGCGUGAUGGGGCCCCACAGCAACCCUCUGAACAGAGUGGCAGCGCUCUUUGCUGCCUAUUACGCUUUCAACCUACAGUACCCUGCAGAGGCCUCAAGCACUCUUGAGUUUAUCCAGAGAGCCUUUUGUGGAAUCAAUCCUCAGACAGGCAGCAAGGCAGAGAAAAAACGUGGGCUCAACGCACCUGUGUGCACGCUCUUAAGGAAACUGCUGGACUUCGAGUUGAUGGGGAAGUAGGUGUCUGUCAGGCUGCUGGGUGGGGUUGCAUCUAUUUUUGUUUUUUUGUUUAUUAGGACCCAUGUUCUGAAUCUAUGUUGCUUUGAAAUGGUUAUGUUUUCACAGUGAAACCAGGCAAUAAGGCCUGUUGUGAAGGACUGAUGUAUUUCUUUGUACCAAGAACUAGCUGAGUUGUAGCCUAAUUUUUGGUUGUUGUUAUGUUGCCACAGUUGUAUACACGUGUUGCUCCAUGUUAGUUGAA